AUGGCACAGAUAAGCUUUGCUCAUUCGUGUCUACUCUACGCAUCUGCUGUAUUUUUGCUUUGCUUUCAAAUAGCAGAAGUUGCCGCGCUUUCUGUUCAUGGCUUGAAGACACUAGUCGUCUACGAUAAAAGGGUCACCGAUUUAGAGGACUAUAGCAAAUUUUUCAAUGAUUUGAACAAGAGAUCGUAUGAACUUCAAUUCAGCUCGGUAAACGAAAAUGUUAGUGAUAUUCAAUUGUUUAGGGGAGAAGAAAGACUUUUUGACAAUCUGAUAGUUUUUCCAGUCAAAAGUAGACAAGUUAGUAAGGGCUUCACUGCCGCGACGCUACUGAAAUUUUUCGAAGAAGGAGGGGAUAUAUUGACCGUUACAUCACCUUACGGUUUGACAGAGAGCGUACGCACAUUUUUGAACCAAUUGGGAAUUUUCCCAAGUCCCAGAAAUCAUGAACUUAGAGAUUACUUCGAGGAAGGCAACACAACCUCGAUACAUUUUUCAAGUUCUGGUACUCUCAAUCCGACUGUUUUUUCUCCAAUGAAAAGUGCCAAUUUGUCCUACGAGGGGUCAGCUGCCCUUCUGGAUAAUCGUGAUUUACUCAUUCCUAUUUUUUCCGCUCCUCGCACUUCAUUUACGAAAGAUCCUAAAGGUGGAGAUGAUUGGACAGUAGGUCUUCAAGGUUAUACGGUUGUUGGUUUUCAAAAUUUGCAUAAUGCGCGCGUAUCUUGGGUUGGUAGUGACAAGUUCUUUGGAAAUAGUCAUUAUAAUGAUAAUGGUGAGUUUGUUCAGGAAUUGGCAAAAUGGACUUUCCGUGAGAAAGCUGUCAUCAAGAGCACUGGCUUCAAACAUAAACAUAUUGAUGGUACUUCAUAUGAUGAAUUGCCUUACAAGGUUAAGGACUCAAUAACUUACGAAAUUGGAUUUAGCGAAUGGAAUGGCAAAACAUGGAUUCCAUUCAAUGCGUCAGAUAUUCAAUUCGAGCUAAAGAUGAUUGACCCGUACUAUCGAUUAAAACUAUUGCCAGUUCGCAAAUCCGAGGAGGCACAGUAUUAUUCAACAGGAAAUUUUAUGUUGCCAGAUCAUCAUGGUGUUUUUACAUUCCUUACUGAGUAUCAAAGAAGUGGAUUGUCUUUUGUAACUGAGAAAGACGUUAAAUCUAUACGUCACUUGGCGAACGAUGAAUAUCCUAGAAGCUGGGACAUUACGAAUUCAUGGGUUUACCUUACCUCAAUUUGCUCUGUUAUCAUGGCAUGGAUUUUGUUUGUAAUUCUUUACAUUAGCUCUAGCAGUGCGAUGAACGUGCCAGCAGAAAAGAAGAUAAAUUGA